AUGAAGCAACCAUACACACUCACCUUCACAGAAACCCAUUGGAGCUGGGCGAUGGAUGAUGCUGUCGCCAGUGCCGGCGGUGGAAUGGAGGCAAAGCGUGCCAACCAGCAUAAUGGUGUUGAAUAUCGGGUCCCGUGGUCCGCUGUGGGACGGAUUAUGUACUGCGCCCCGCAACAGGGCCUGACGCUGUUGCUGCUGCCCGGUGACAAAACCCCGCCACUACCACUCGCGAAGCUCGGCCAAAGGUCUGCGGAGGACCCCAUGUUUGUUACCUGGAUGGUGAGCACAGCAGUAACUGAAACCAAAAAGACCGCACGACCUGGCGUUGCUGCCCUCGCAUCAUUCGAGCACCACCUGCGGGAAUGUACGCGCUUCUGCGAAGCGCAUAAAUGGCCGGAACCGCAACCGUUGGAGGAGGCGGAGUUCCUCGCCCGUUAUGCCCCAAACUCAUAG